AAGUAAAUACUUAUCAAAGGGAGAAAAUAGAAAGCCAGCAACAAUAAUUGGUGUUUUUUUAACUGGAAUAGGAAUGAUUGGUUUUGGAUUUGUAUUCAUGAUAGAGGAAAAAUGGCUUUUUAUCUGCGCGACUUUACUUUCAAGGCUUUUGUUGGGGAUAGGAAAUGCUUUAUUUAGUACUCCUGCAUUUUCAUACAUUCCAUUAUUAUAUAAAUCUACUUUCGAAGAAAAAUGUGCUUAUAUGGAAUCCUCAGUUGCUUUAGGAUUAAUGAUUGGGCCUAUAUUAGGAAGUUUACUUUUAGAAUUAUAUGGAUAUUUUUGUCCAUUUAUAUUUUUUGCAAUAAUAAGUUUCGCAUUACCUUUUAGAAAUUAAUUCCUUUACAAAGUGAAGUAUGUGAAAGAGAAAUUCAAUCAAAAGUUUAAAAAGCGCAAACCGACGAUGAAGAAGAUGACGAAGAAGAAGAAUUUGAAGUAAAUUAUCGAGAGAUUUUUAAAAAUAAAAACAUAGUUUUAAAUUACAUUAUUAUUUUUCUCCCUUGUUGUGGCUUACUUUUUUUAGAUCCAACUAUGGGAAUAUUUUAUUCAGAAACCUUUGGAUUAAAUGAUCUAUAAAUAGGUCUCGUAUUUUCAGUAAGUACUAUUGUUUAUAUGAUUUUUACUCCUUUUGGAACCCGAAUAAUGAAAUUAACUAAUAAUUAUGAAAUGUUAUUAUUAAUAGGAGCUAUUAUGACAGGAGUAUCUUUCUUCUUUUUAGGACCUGAUGAACUUACUGGAUUGCCUAAAAGUCUUUAUAUUACAUUAGCUGCAGAUGGAGUUUAAGGUUUGGCUACUUUAUUUAUUUAUAUUCCUGCUUUACCUUAAUUAUUUAAAAUUUUAUGUAAAAUGUAUCCCGAUGAAAAUUAAGAAAUAAUGGGAGAUAUUGCUAGUGCACUUUACAAUACAAGCUAUGCAGUUGGAGAAUUUAUAGGACCAUUAUUAGGAGGUAUUUUGUGUGAAUAUAUAUCUUUUCCAAGAGCUGCAAGCUUAUUUGGGCUUUUUGUUCUUAUUUUUUCAGGAAUAUAUAUGAAAUAUGGAGAAGUAUUACAUUAUAAGCCUGGUGAAUUAGAUGUAAAAAUACCUCCUAGUCCAAAACAUUUACCUCAAGGUAAUAUCAAAGCAAGAAAUUCUUCACUUAGAGGUAUUUAUACGGCAGGAAAUUCAAUUAGUAAUUAAUUAAAACCUAAAUUUUAUACACCUUUAGUGCUCGGUAAGCAAAAAAGAGCUAAUUUUGUUGUUAUAAGAAAUCAUAAAAAACCUAAAUAAGGAAAUAAUAUGAAAAUCGAAAUUUAAAAUGUUAAUAAAGAAUUUAAUAUGGCUUAUUAAAUGGAAGAUAUAAAAUUAGAUACUGAAUAGGAUAAUAAUUUGCUUAACACUUAAAAUAUAUCUAAAUUUAUAGCUUAUUCAGAUAAUGAUUUAAGAUGUCCAUUAAAAAGCAAUAAUAUAUUAUAUUGA